AUUCGAGGCCUUGUACUGAUUAGCGUUUACAGCCAGCCGAGCCAGCCAACCGAUUUCUUCUAAUUUAGUGACUCUAUGUCUCUAACGUAGAAGUCUAUGCAACUCUUGCUCUAUUUUCCAGGAAAAAUAUUGAUCCUUGUUUAAAAUACUCUUUGUAAUAAAGUUGUUGCUACUAACAACGCGCAUUGUAUGUACACUGCAUACAUGCAUCUUGAAAACUCGAGAUGAUAAAGUUACUCCUGGCUUUUCAUUUGCUACACACUGCGUUUGUAUAUUCCAUUGACUGUUUUAAAUGUAUAUCAGUAAACAACGAUUUUGUACCUUGUGAAGACCCUUUUCAUCACAACUUCACGAAUGAUAUUUAUCAAUCGCCUUGCAUGGGCGGUAAAAAAGGACGAGAUGGACUGUUUCCUGCUACUUCUUGUAUAAAAAUAGCCGGAAUAUUUGAUGAUACCGAAGACGCAAUUGUUGUUCGUGGAUGUGCCUUAGAUAGCGGAACCUUAACUACUGAUACUGAAAUUGUCAGAAUGUCGCAUUGUGGCAGCUUCUAUUAUGAAAAUAGGUACGUAAGAGGUUGCGUGCAAAGCUGUAAUGACGCGGACGGCUGCAAUAAAGGUGCUCAAGAGAAACUUAACUCAUGGACAAUAUUAUUAUCUAUGUUUCUCGCAAAAGUCUAUCCAUUAUGUUAUAAAUUAUACACUUUUUAAAUAAAAUAAUUUAAG